CUGAAAUCGAGAAACCACAAAAUCGGCAUCAGCACCAAUCAAGGAGGAAAGGUACUCGAAGUGAAAUCCCUACCUACAAUCACGAGAAACUUCGCGCAAAUCCAGCAUGCUCAAGGUGUUCAAACCGCCGAGUUUGUACUUUCAGAUUGCAAACCAUCACUUCUUAUCGGCAGCGAUUACUUUUGGGAAAUGAUCUUGUCGUAUGACUUCUACGUGAAAAUCCUAACCUCUGGAUGCCACCCACUUAACACCAAUUUGGGCAACAUCCUCACAGGCAAGCUACUAGGCCUAAAAGACUCCAAUAAAUGCACAAGUCUUUGCGCUCGUAACGAUAUUUCCAACCCAAUCCACCACGACAAACUCACUGAACUUGUCAGCAAAUUUUGGAAUCUGGAAUCAAUAGGCAUCACAGAUGAUCCUACAUAA